AUGCAAAAAAAUUUGUUACCUCAUCGAUACCUUUUUCCAGUUAAUGAUAGGAGUACUUCCCCCUCUCAAUUUGAUCCCUGCAGUUUCGACAUCGACAUUCUAAGUUGGUCCAGUAAUUACUCAAAGUUCCAGGUAUUAUCAUGUUUCUCUCGAAUAAAAAUAUUUCGUGUCACUCACAUAAACAUUCAGAGUUUCCUAUGUUCUCAUAAUUUUUCGCAAUUAAGCACUUUGACGGCACAAAGGAAAAAAAUAAUUGGAAAAAGUGGAAAAAUACUCGUUGGUGCGAUGGACAGGACUCGGUCUCUGCAGGUUACUGAAACAAUUUUUUUUUUUAUUAGUUCUUACUUGGUUUUGCUGAGCUGCUGCUGCUUAUCAUAUUGGUUUAUUAACAUUGGGACCGAUGAGCUUGGUUUCAUUAAGGUCCCUUUUAUUCAAACUUUCAAAGUUGUUUAA